UAGUUGCAAGCACCAGAUACAUGACAUUGCCUACACACACACACAUGCACAGGCACUCACAGAGGUACACACACACACACAUGCACAGCACUCGCAGAGGUACACAGACACACACAAUCACUCACGUAUUUGCUUUAAAUGACUUGCAUAUACACAUACAUAUAUGCAGAUAUGUCAUCUCCGUCUCUAUCACCCACACUUCAAACUCAAAUACCCAGUAACAACGUUUACUGUUGCCAUUGAUAGUUACUACUAUUGCAUGAGUGUGUGUGUGCAUGUGUGUGAGAGUGAGUCUGUGUGAUGUGUGAGUGAGUGAGUGUGUGUGUAUAUGUGAGUGUAUGUUUGUGUGUGUGUGUGUGUGUGUGUGUGAUCAGGGAUUGCCUUGUUCAAAAGAAUGCAAAACCUGUUAAUCAAAGACAAGUGAUAACAUGUAUUCAAAAGAAACCAACUUAAAAUCCUGGUUACUCCUGGUAACUCUACAAACACAUACAUACCCUCCCACACUCUAUCUCUCAUACAUACAAUUCACACUACAGACACACAUACACACUUCUGUGUGUGUGUGUGUGUACAUAUAUAUAUAUAUAUAUAUAUAUAUAUAUACAUAUGUGUGUGUGUGUAUGUAUAUAUCAUAUAUACACACAUACAUACUCUUAUUCACACACAUGAAUAUAAACUCAUACAUACAUAUAUAUGUACACAUGCACAUGAUACAUUGUUCACAUGUGAUUACAUUAGUGUUGUUAUAAACAAAUUACCAAAUACUAAUCAUCAACUACUAAUUACUGAUUACUACUGAUCCCUGAUCAUGCCAGUAGGAUUUGAUUUUAGACAAGACUCACCUCUUCUCAUUGAACAACUGGAAAAAUCCUUAAGGGAAAAAGAUGAAAGAAUUAUGAGUUUGGAAACAGAGAAUGCCAUGUUACACCUUAGGACUGCACAACUAAUGCGGAGUCAGCAGGCAGCAGCUGAAGUUGCCAUGGUAACCCGUAUACAUUAUCAACAACAACUUGUUAGAGCCAAGCAAGCGAUACAUGAAUUAAAACAAUGUUUGAGUUAUACAAAAAAUGAAAUGAGGAUUUUUGAAAGGAAAACUUCUGAGCAAUUAGUACAUUCAAGAAGGGUAGUAGAACAGUAUUCCCAGAUUUCAAGAGUUGAGUCUUCUACAGUGUCAGAACUACAGAGAAAAUUCCUGAGCUUGCAGCAACAGUUGAAAGACAUCAGUGAGAAACAUGAAAAAGAGAGAAAGCAGAGGAAACAGUUACACAAUGACUUGAUGGAAUUACGUGGCAACAUUAGAGUCCACUGUCGUCUUCGGCCUGUGUUCCACACUGAUGUACAAGGUGAUCCAGUUACAUCGGUUAGAACAUCUCCAGAGCAACCAGAAGUGGCUCUAUAUUUCUUAGAUGAUGAAAACAUUUGUGUUCGGUCAUCAAAGCAUAACAAGGUGUUUGAAUUCGAGAGAGUCUAUGGCCCUGAUGACUGUCAGCAAAAUGUCUUUGAUCAAGUUCAGCCAAUGCUAACAUCAUUGCUCGAUGGAUACAAUGUGUGUAUAAUGGCCUAUGGACAAACAGGAAGUGGCAAAACACAUACAAUGCUUGGAAGUCACAAGAAUGAGAAUUACAACCUGAGCCAUGAGGCACAUCCAGAUGAGGGUGUGAUACCUCGAGCUAUGAGGGAACUGUUCAGUCUGAUGUCAGAGAAGCCUACAGGGACAUAUCAAGCUGAGGUGUCAGUGGUUGAGAUCUACAACAAUGACAUACGUGAUCUCCUCAGUAAGGACUUCAAAAGCAAGCAUGACCUAGUCACGUGUCCAGAUGGGUCACUGAGCCUUCCUACUGUCACCUUCAGGCAAGUAGCAUCGGUCAAAUCUGUGAUGUCCUGUGUAGUCCAUGGUUUACGCACACGUCGGGAGAGUGCCACUCUUGUACAUGAACACUCCAGUCGAUCUCACUUAGUCGUAACAUUGUUGAUUACUACUAACGACACCACACGUGCCUGGCAUACAGAUCCUGCAACAUCUGAUUGGUCAAGUUCAGUAAUCAGCUCAAAUUUACCCCUGAGUAAAGAAAAGGGUAGAACCACCCCACCAAAUGUUUCUUCACCCAACCCCAGUGUUAUUAAAACUAAGCUGCAGCUUGUAGAUUUGGCUGGAAGUGAAUGUGUUGGAUUAUCUGGUGUCAAGGGUGCUGCAUUUCGUGAAACGUCUAGUAUCAACAAGAGUCUCUCUGCUCUUGCUGAUGUCUUAGGAGCACUGGCAGAACGAAGAACUCACGUACCAUAUCGUAACAGCAGACUUACCUACUUCCUCCAAGACUCAAUUGGUGGCAAUGCUAAACUCUUACUGCUGCUAUGUGUUUCUCCAACCAAGCACUACAUUACUGAAUCUCUGCAAUGUCUUGGCUUCGGGCAAAGAGCCAGACAGGUUCAAAGAGGUCCAGCUAAACGUAGAUUGCCAACAACCAUGGAGAAAUCUGAAGUUUCUGCAAUCAACAGAAGUCAUUCCAAAACCCCGCCAGUAACAAAAUAACAGUAAACAACUAAACAAGCCAACAAAGACAGCCUCUGUAUAGUUGCUGGUAUGCUAGAAAUAGUAGCCAAAACUUUCUCAAAUUACACACUACCAUCUUGAAAAGAAAGGAACAUUAAAUAAUGUAGUACUAGAUGUCUGGGGAAAAAAUAUCAGAAUUGUAUAGGAUUCAAAACCAACAGCAACAACAAUUGAAAUUAAUGAUAAUUCUUUCUAAUUUUUGUGCAGAAAUUUUGAGGAGAAGAACAAAUUGAUUAUAUUGACCUGAGUACUUGACUGGUACUUUAUUUUAUCAAUCCUUUGGCUUUUGAACUCAUAAUGUAAAAAGUCAGAAGUAAUGCUGCUAAGUAUUUUUCUCAGGCAUGGUAAUGACUGUACCAGCUCACCACUUUUACUAUUAUUAUUAUUUUCAUUAUUAUUAUGAAUAAAUAAAUAAAUAAAGAUGUUUCCAAAAUAUCAAA